AUGAAAAAAAGAAAAGAGGAUGACAAAAGCAACAUCGUGUUUGUAGGCGGGUUGCGGAAGAGCACGACGGAGGAUAAAGUGGCUGGUCACUUUUCCAAGUUCGGCCAAGUCGAUAGUGUCGACAUCAAAAGGCUACCAGACGGCACAUCUCGAGGGUUUGCCUUCGUCAAGUUUGUAGAGGUUGAAUCCAUUGCAAAGGUCUUGGAGGCCCAGAGUAGCCACAUGAUUGACAACAAGUGGGUGGCAGUCAAGCCGCACGGUGGAACUGCAUUCACCGAAGAUAAGAACCGAGAAAGAGCCAAGGAAGCAGCUGACCUAGCUCGACAGAAGCAAAAGAAGGACGAUUCUAGAGUGGAAUCUGCCGACGAUUACGAUGAGAAGUGGUCAGAAAAUUAUCUUCAGGCUGCGGCGAAUAUGGGUGCAAACAGUGGCGAGGAUGCAAAGGGUGACGGACAGCAGGCAAAUCCCAUGGCCGCGAUGGGGGUGCGGAGCCUGUCGUUCACUGGGGCAUCAUCACCACAGAAGCACACAGCCGUAGUCAUAGUUGUUCUUCUCCUGACCUGCAAGGCCAUGAUGCAGAUGAUGGGAAUGAUGCAGAUGAUGGGAGGUGGCAUGCCAGGCAUGGGUCAUGCCCGGCUUGCCCCUCUGGUUGUGGAUGUGGUUGCUGCGGCGGCUGUCCUGGAUGCGGAUGCUGCCCCACUAGUUGUCCUGGCUGUGGAGGGUGUCCUGGUGGUUGCGGUGGCUGCCCUGCUUGCGGCGGAUGUGCAGCGGGCAGUUGCGGGGGUGGUGGCUGCCCGACAUCACCUGUUCCGACAGCAGAGGACGCGGCGUUCUGUAGCCGCCGCACUGCUGACCCGAGAGACCAGCAAUCGUCUGCUGCCCUUGUCACUCCAGGAAACCAGCGAGGCAACUGGGUGUGGCCCUGUGAAAAACGAGGGCUAUGGCUCCAGGAUGAAUCUGCAAAGGGCUCUGAAGCUUUAUCUUGCAGAGCUGCAGUUCCCUGCAGGCAUCACCUCCGAGCAGCCUUCUUCUGGCCAACAGGAUGUUGAGCACUGCCGAAGUGUCUGUGACGAGAUGCGGAUAAGCGGGUGCCAUGGCGAGGAAGCCGGUGGGUAUGGAGAAGCUUCCCACGUGGAGCAGGCAGUGGGUCACCAGAGUGCGCUGCACACGCUGAGUGCCAAAAGUGGUGAUUACUGGGACUCUGCUGUGGAGGCUGCCGACACAUCGCCGCUGCCAGAAUCCGGUGGCAUCUUGCCUUUGCGUGCUCACCAAGCUGCUUCAGCGACUGGAGGCAGUUUUCCGAAGGCCGAUGGUUCGGGGUACUGGGAUGGGUAUGCUGACGGAAUCCGGGAUCCAGCUGGGUUGUCGAAGACACAAAACGGACAAAGGCCUGCUUCCAAGCCAGAGGGCCAGAAGAGCAUCAAGAGGAUCAACAGUGGUGCUUACUGGGAUGCGGAGCAAUGGGACCCGGACCAGCGCGUGUACGUGGGUGCAGAGGCCGGGCUCAAGAACCACCUCCAGGCAGUCGACCCAUGCAAAGACACCGUCGACGUUUGGCGAGUAUGGGCUGGUGGUUUGGCAAGUCUGGCGCUAGGCUACGGCGAAGCUGCCGGACCACCCUGCUUCAUGGGAUUGCCACGCCGAGAACUUGAGACUGCUCAUGGUCGUUUCAUGCUCAAGCAUGUAGUGCAUUCCGUGACUGAAGCUUGCGAAGCGAGCUGUUGCACCAAGUUUCUCGCAUGGCGAGUGGCAAAGCUCACCCAGAUGAGCCAAGCCUGUGGAAUGACAAUGAUGACAGCGCCAAAAUCGGGAGACUUUUCGCUCAAAUCAAGAUCAGAUGGGACACUUUUCUCGCAGAAAAGCUUGGGCGCAAGGAUCAACUGUCACACGAAAGUCAGAAAAUGA